AUGCAGAUUUGACAGAGCCGGUGGUCAGUAGGGCACACAAGGAAUGCCCCUUCUUUUGGCAUAAAUAGCUCACAUGCCAUACCUUUUUCCUGAUCACACAAACCUAUUUGCUUCUUCUUACUGAGUUCUCUCUGUUUCUUUGCAUAAACAAACCAGGUUGUAAGAUAGUUUAGCAGUGUUUUAAUAGAGAAAAUGGCCAAGGAAGAAGCAGUGGAGCAGGAGGGUUUUGUGGCCAAGGAUUACAAAGACCCCCCACCUGCUGCUUUCUUUGAUAUGAAUGAGUUCAAGCUCUGGUCUUUCUACCGUGCACUGAUUGCAGAGUUCAUUGCAACAUUGUUGUUUUUGUACAUAACGGUUGCAACUGUAAUUGGGCAUAAGAGAAACAGUGCUGGCUGUGGUAGUGUUGGGCUCUUGGGAAUUGCCUGGUCUUUUGGGGGAAUGAUAUUUGUGCUUGUUUAUUGUACUGCAGGAAUCUCAGGUGGGCAUAUCAAUCCAGCAGUGACAUUUGGGCUGUUUUUGGCUCGGAAGGUGUCCUUGCCAAGGGCUGUACUUUACAUGGUAGCUCAAUGCUUGGGAGCCAUAUGUGGAUGUGGACUGGUGAAGGCCUUUCAGAAGUCCUACUAUACCCAAUAUGGAGGUGGAGCCAAUUCUGUGGCUAAUGGCUACACAAAAGGUGUGGGGUUGGGUGCUGAGAUCAUUGGUACAUUUGUACUAGUUUACACUGUUUUUUCUGCCACAGAUCCCAAACGUAGUGCUCGUGACUCCCAUGUUCCUGUUUUGGCUCCAUUACCAAUUGGUUUUGCUGUGUUCAUGGUGCAUUUGGCAACAAUUCCAAUCACAGGGACAGGCAUCAACCCUGCAAGGAGUUUUGGAGCAGCUGUAGUCUAUGGCCACCAACAGCCCUGGGAUGACCAGUGGAUAUUCUGGGUUGGCCCAUUUGCUGGAGCACUUGCAGCAGCAGCAUACCAUGAAUAUAUUUUAAGAGCAUCACAUUUAAAGGCAUUGGGUUCCUUCCUCAGUAACACACCAGUCUAAUUCUUUUGGAGCUUCCUUUUCUAAGCUAGAUUUGUCACCUGAGCCAUACAAAAAAUGUGAAUAAACUGUUUGCUGGCUUGGUUUUCUGUUGUUAUAAGCUAGUUUUAUUAGUUGAGACAAAAUGUCCAGUUCUGCAUUUUUUUUGCAGCAACAGGGUUUGUGUAAGAUUAUUGUUUAGAUAACAGUAGUGUUUGCUCCUCGUGAUCUUCUGAGCUCUCAAAUCAAUUAUGGGUUACUGAAAGUCUGUAGUUACUUUGUUUUUUUCAAUAAAAAAAAUGGGUUACUGAUGGUAUUAUAUAUUA